UAUAUAGAAUAUUUCAGAUAAAAAAUGGCAGCUACUCAAGUGGCUCAAUUGAGCAAGAAAAAGCAAGAAACGGGACAAACUCCUAUGUGGAAGACGCAACGAGAGCUUGCUGAAAGCAAACUCAAUUCUGUUUUACUGGUGAAAAAACUUCUUGCUAUGGGAUUUUCUGAAAUAGCAUACCUGCGAAUGUUGUACCCAGAGGAAUAUUUCAUGGAUGCGAAUCUUGAAGGUAAAUCAGUUCGAGUGAUGAGAACAGGUGGACCCAACAGUUGCAAACUGGCCUCUAAACUACAGAACACAUUUGAUGCACUGGACAAAAAAUACGUAAUAAAUCAGAUUUUGCCCAGCUAGACCAAAGUGUAUCGGAAUCAGGAUGAAAACGAUGUGAUUGAGGCAUACACGUUCUCCUUCAAGUACGAAGACGAAGACGUCAUCUGCGAAUUUUAUAACAAGAAUAAGUGCUACUGCACUUCCGAGACGUAUUCGGCAACCACAGAGGCCGCCACGAAGCUGCUCGAUAACAUCCGACACAUCCUAUCCGCCAUGCCACAACUACCCGAGGGCAUCCUGUUCAAACUCAAACUGGGAUAUCGCGCUGGAACUCCGGAGGAUUACAACCCACCUGGGUUUUCAACUCGAGAAAUGAGUACUCUGUUGAAGUUCACUGGACCCAACAGACAACUAACGAUGGGAUGUGUGCCUACGGUGGUCAAUUCUACAUCUCUGACUGUGCGCGCUCUGGACACGCAGUUCCCUGAGUCGCUUCCUGAAGGAGUCACUUAUGACGAAAACGUCACGAGCCCUAAGCAAUUGGAACCUGAUGUCAGCGCAGAAUACGGAGAAGUUAGCAAUCAAAAAGGUGCCAGUAACAAAGACGGGGAUUCUUCCGACGAGUCAGAAAUAAUCGUUCCUACAAAACGUCGAAGAACUUCGCCACAAGUUGUUGAUAAUGCAGAAAGUACUGAGCGUGCUCAGGUUGAAGAGCAAAAUCGACCGAAAAGAUCAAAAAUUGACCUGAACGAAUCUGUGACUCGUGAUUCGUACCCGAGACGGGCAUCGAGUCGAAACGCGACUGCGUCUUUGGACCCUAUUGAAGAAGCGUCUACUGCGAGUCCAAGUGUCCAUUCAGAAACGAAUGAAAAACAGAGUAAAGAGCAAAUUCAAGGGGCUACUGACAAAGAACAUGGUGAAGAUUUAGAAGGUGGAGACGACUGCAAUGCAACUGUUAAUUUGGAGGCUAGUUUGACCUCGUCGAUUGAGGAAGUAGAGAACGAUGAUGAGAAUGAAAUGGAUGUCGAAAAAGAACUCAUAAGAUGUCCCUGCGGGAAAAAUCAGCUGAUCGAGUGGGUGAUGAUAUCCUGCUGUGCAUGUGGACUUAAGUCCCACGUCGGUUGCUAUGGUUUCCCAACUGAGCGUGAAGUUCCUGACAAAGUGCUCUGCUACUUCUGUGCCAGGGACAAUCCAGAGCUGGAAGAGUACCGAGAACUGUGCACUGUUGACCCGCAAAUGAACCCACAGCAAGCUAUGGAGCUGUGUAUGUUCCGUCGGUCGCUCAUAGUGGCCAUGAUGUCUGACUCAGUGGAGGCCUCUUCUCUGAUGGACCAACUGGACAUAGACUCCAAAUUGGCUCUCAAACUUGUCAGGCGUCUCGUCAAAGAAGGAUUUCUACUCAAGAGCAGAAGCAAAAGCCACGCAGUGAACAGAGAUGAAAUUGAGGCUAAUGGGUUGUCCACUUACUUUGUUGAGUCCGACAUUGUCCUGUCACAACCAGGAGAAGGUGAGGGCGAACACGAAGCGGAAGAUCAAGAAGACAACGAAAAUGACAUGCAGUCAAUGUCACGAGACACGAACAUAGUUGACAUCGAAGAGGAAGCCGAAAGUCCGAUGGAUAGAGAUAAAGAAAUUGAAGAGCGAAUUCGAAAUCUGUCCCUGAAAAAGGUGCCGACGCCUGCAAGGGGAUCGAAAAGAUUAGCGAGCAGGACAUCGUCGACGCCGACUAUCGCAGAGGAAAAAGUGUCAAAGAAGGUUAGUGGAACUAUGAAGCAGUCAAAAUUGAACUUGGCAGUCUACGAGAGCACCCCAUUGGCUAGAUUUGGAGAUGUGGACACGCCCAUGCAUGCACCAACUGCCGCGGAGGGAGGAGCCAAGAAGUCACAGAAGAAGAAGGCGGGUCUCAAGAAAAAGAAAUGAAACACCGAUGGAUGCUAUGCGUAAUCAAUGUUGGGAAAGUCUUCAAUAUCAGACUGAUUUAAAACUUUGAUCACUCUUCAGUUUUCAAAUCUAUUUCAACUUAAUGUGACAAUUUUCAGGGUUUGAUCGAGCAUUAUCCGAGCUAUACGGUCGUUUAGUUUGUGUUUUGCAAUUAUUGUUAUUUUACGAAAUUACGAUUAUAUUGUUAAACGAAACCUGCUUAAAACUUGAUUGGGGUGAUGCUAAAAACUGAAAAGAUGUAGUUUUGUUCAGUUAUACUUAAAUAGUUUGCAAUGUUUCAGUAUGUAUUGAUGCAUGUA